AUGUACUCGAAAACACCACAGACUAAUGUCGCCUCCAUCGACGUCGUAACGAGAACAGAUAAGAGAAGUGGUCGAGGUCUCAAAGUCAUCACCUCGCCACCAAUCAAGACAGUCGCGCAACAACUUGGUCUUCCGGUGCAUCAAAUUGACACAUUCCGGGGAUGGAGUCCGCCUGAAUAUGGGAGUGAAAAUCCAUACAUCAACCUGGUGGUGGCAGUCUCCUUCGGCUUGCUGAUCCCGCGUCGGAUUCUGAACCUCGCCAGAUAUGGUGGCCUCAAUGUGCACCCAUCGAUGCUUCCAGAUCUGCCUGGAGCUGCCCCCCUACAAUGGACAAUCAUUCAUGGUCGACAGACGACCGGUGUCACGGUGCAGACAUUGCAUCCCUCAAAAUUCGAUCAAGGCGUCAUUCUUGAUCAGACGCCCUCUCCUGGAUUGACCAUACCCGAUCCAGAUCAUAUCACUACCAAGGAGUUGCUGACUCUGCUGGCUCCUGUUGGUGCAGAAAUGCUGGUGAAUGCGAUCCGUAAUAAACUCUACAUCCCACCCUACGAAAGUCUCCCGCGCCGAGAGAAUGGCACAAACCUCGCGACUGCUCCGAAAAUUACCUCAGAGAUGCGUACAAUCAAUUUUGCCAAACAUUCAGACAGCGAAAUACUCGGGCGAAAUCGGGCAAUCGGACCCCUUCACGCCUUCGCAACUAGGGAUGGCCUGUCAGGAGAUGCGGUGCGUCUCAAAUUGUCAACAGAUAUGUGUGGGCGUACCUUAUGCGAUCUUGCCAAAAAAUGGGGUUCCAGUGGAAAGCGACCGACCAUUAAUGGUUAA